AUGGGGGAGGGGGCGAGAAAAAGCAUCGCUCUGCUUGACAUCUCUCGCCUCCUUGCUUUUCUUGACCUGGCCAUCAAGCCGAAAGAAAUCAAGGGUGGCCGAUGCCUCACCGAUCAAUGGGCCCAGCCUUCCUUCCCUCUCAUUCCCCCCUACCUGUACCUUCAGAAGAAAUAUCAUGCGCCCAGGCGAAAUUUCGCCCCUCAUAAGGCCCCCGUCCUCAGCCACCACAGUGUAUCACAGCCUGAUUCGUCCUUCAACAAUUCGCGAAACAGCAAUACUGGUAGUGGUACUCAAGGUAGGUACACAGACCCUCUUCUCUGUCUCAAUCAGGAAGUGGGACAGAACACCUGGAGAAGCCGAAGAAGACUUGCUGAUGCCUUCCAGCUGGCUGGGGGGGGCAGAGACUACCAGCGAUGCCAGGAUUCCCAAUGGCUGACCGGCAAACCCGAGAAAACUUCUGAAACCGGCGACCCAUUGACUCGAGAUUCGCCCCCAGCUCGAGCUACAUGGGCGUAUCCCUGA